UUUGCCUCUUGGAGGGUAUGACUUGCCAAGCCUUUGCUUCAUCUGACACCUUUGUACCCUUGAAUUCUGACUCUUCUCCCUCUCUGCCAUUGAUAAUGCAUCACAGCGCUGCAGAGUGCCUGCCGGUGUCUAACCAUGCCACCAACGUGGUGUCUACAGUGCCCUCAACACUCUGUUUUGUCUUUGAUCCAACUCCUUUGUGCUCCCAUAUCUGCCUUGCCGUGCCGACUCCGCGGAACGCUCCAGCAGGCCUUCCCUACUCUGUGCCUUCUUGCCACUAUGGAAAUCAGCCAUCUACCUACGGCGUGGUGGCAGGUAGCCUGACCCCUUGCCUUUAUAAAUUCCCGGAGCAUGCCCUGACCGCCAGCUCGUGUGCCCUGGGCCACGGCUUCACAGCCAUGCACCAGUCCCUGCUCCCGGAGGAGCUGCCCCCCGCCGACUUCAAGCAGGAGUUCCGCAGGAAAACCAAGGCUGCUGAGGAGCCAGCUGAGAUGGACUCCCCUGAAAUCAGGGAGCUGGAGAAAUUCGCCAAUGAAUUCAAGCUGCGGAGAAUUAAGCUGGGUUAUACACAAACCAACGUGGGAGAAGCGCUGGCUGCUGUGCAUGGCUCUGAAUUCAGUCAAACCACUAUCUGCCGGUUUGAGAACUUGCAGCUGAGUUUCAAGAACGCAUGCAAGCUGAAAUCAAUACUGUCCAAGUGGCUGGAGGAAGCAGAGCAAGUAGGAGCUUUAUACAAUGAAAAAAUUGGAGUGAAUGAGCGGAAGAGGAAGCGCAGAACCACCAUCAGUAUUGCUGCCAAGGAAGCCCUAGAAAGGCACUUUGGAGAACAAAGUAAACCUUCUUCUCAGGAAAUCAUGAGGAUGGCUGAGGGGCUCAAUCUGGAGAAAGAAGUUGUGAGAGUUUGGUUUUGCAACAGAAGACAAAGGGAAAAAAGAGUGAAGACAAGUUUGCACCAGAACGCCUUUAGUUCUGUUAUCAAGGAGCACCACGAAUGCCAGUGA